AUGUCGUCUCUUACAGCAACCAAAAGGCGCCUCAUCGCCACAGUCACCACUUGUCGUCGUCGCCAUUACUCCUUUGUACAUCACGCUCCGCUCAUCGACCAGCAACAGCAGCAACAAUACGGUGCCAAUGUGGACGUGGAUGACCAUUUCUAUCGCAACAAGAUCCUUGAUGAGUAUGUCCAGCAAAGAACGACACCGAUAACGUUACGGCAACUGCUCUUCUACGAGCGACAUAUGAAUACAGAACGACUCUUGAUAUCAGCCAACUAUGUACGCAAAGAGCUACCGAUUCGCAUAUCACAUCGCAUUCGCGAGUUUCAAAAGCUACCCUUCAUUGUUGGCACCAAUCCCCAUAUUCAACAAGUGUAUGAUCUCUAUUGGCGAGCAUUUGAGCGAUUACGAAAGGUGCCACCCAUCAAGACCUUGGCUGAUAAUGAUGCAUAUUGCAAGACGCUGGUUGAAUCGCUUGAGCAGCAUUUGGUGGUGAUUCCUCGAUUGGCAUUGGGAAUAUCUGAAUGCGGGGAGCAUAUGGGAUCGGAUCGGAUUGAUCGAUUCAUGCAAGCGACAUUAAGGUCACGGAUAUCAAGACGAGUACUUGCAGAACAACAUCUUGCCUUGUCUCAACAAUAUCAUCAUCGUCAACAUGAUCAUCACGCUGCAAGGACCAUCUCAUCGAUAAGAUCGCAUCAGGUGAUGGAUGAUAAUAAUAACGUUGUGGGUGGGAGUGCGGCAGCUGCUGUGUUUAGUAGUUGUUCGGCCAGGGAUACGGUGGCACAAUGCGCUUCUCUCCUUGCACAAAAGUAUUCAUUUUCACCUACCCUUGAAUUGGAUGGCGAUGAACAUGUGGUAUUCACCUAUCAUUCGGAUCAUAUCAAGUAUAUCAUUUACCAGCUCUUAUCCAACGCUUUUCGACACACCAUCCAAGCUCAUCAACAUACAUCAUCAUCAUCACCAUCAUCACGAUUACCACCUAUUCGAGUCACUAUUUGUUCAAAUGAGAAUGAUGUCUUAUUCCGCAUCUCGGAUCAAGGUGGAGGUAUUCCCAGCGACGUAUAUCGACACAUUUGGUCAUAUGGCCAUCUACCACGGUUCAACACCUUGCGUACCUUGCCCCAAUUAGCAGCACGUAUCGCUGAGCUCAAGAAUGAUCAGUUUAUUGGUGCACCUCCUCUCGGUAUUGGAUUACCCAUGAGCCGUGUUUAUGCAGAGUACUGGGGCGGUGACAUGAACGUCGUAUCCAUGCCAGGAUGGGGUACUGAUGCUUACGUGCGUAUUCCUCGAUUCGGCACACAAAACGAGAACCUCGACAUAUGUAGCCCUUAUGAUAAUGAAGAUCAGCGUCCCAUUCACCUUCCUCAUUCACCCCCACGUCGUCUUGUCGUAUGA